AUGAUGCGCAGGAUGAGACGUGUGUCAGGGAUACAUAGGAGGCGCCGACAGUGUCUGAGACGGUUCAGCGACCUUAGACGCAGAGAGCCGGAGCACUAUAUGGCCAUGAGGUCGCUCAUUCGGAGAUAUGAAAGUGAUGACUCAUCAUCCGAGGAGAGUUCCCCAGCACCCAGUCCUAUCGAGUUGACGGCAGAGGAGGAAGAGCAGGCUGAAAAUGAAGAUGAAAGUGAUGAAUAUGCUACAUCAGCCCUGAGUCUGGAGGUGAGGCAAGAGGAGGAGGCGGAAAGUGAAUCUGAAACAGACAGUGGCACUGAAUAUGCAGCCACAGCAGAGGAUGAGGUGGCAAAAACAGAAACGGUUGAAAUAGGGACACAAACAGAGCCCUCAAUAACACAAUUAAUCGACCUUCGUCAGGCACUUCAAAAUAUUGUAGAGGCUCUGGCUCUCAUUGGAUUUUCCACUGCAAAGAAAGGUUACUUUUGGCAUCUCACAGACCUGCACUUGGACCCUAACUACAAAGUAACCUCUGACCCAGGGGGUGUAUGUCCAUCAGCAGGAAACCAGCAAGUAACAGAUGCAGGGGAAUUCGGGCACUAUCUAUGUGAUGCCCCUCAAACUCUGAUCAUCUCAUCAAUAAAUGCUAUGAAGAGAAUUUUGCCAGACCCAGACUUUAUACUGUGGACAGGAGAUGACACUCCACAUGUACCCAAUGAGAAGCUUGGAGAAGAUGCUGUGCUCGAAAUUGUCGAAUGGCUGACAAACCAAAUCCAUCAGGCUUUUCCAACAACCAAAGUUUAUUCUGCUUUAGGAAACCAUGAUUUUCAUCCCAAAAAUCAGCUUCCACCACACAAUAACUCCAUUUACAACCGCAUUUCAGAAUUAUGGAGCCCUUGGCUGAACAAUGAAUCUUUAAUUAACUUUCAGAAAGGUGCAUAUUACACGGAACAGAUUGUGAAUAUAGGAGCUGGAAGACGAAUCAUUGUCUUGAACACUAAUUUGUAUUAUGAUUCUAACAACGCUACAGCCAGUUUGUCAGAUCCAGGAAAUCAGUUUCAGUGGCUGGACAAUAUAUUAACAAAUGCUUCCCAACAUGGAGAAAAGGUUUAUAUUGUGGGACAUGUCCCCCCAGGAUACUUUGAAAAGAAAAGAGAGAAGUCUUGGUUCACAAAUAAUUUCAAUCAACGCUAUAUUGAAAUCAUUAAAAAACACCAUGAGGUGAUACAAGGACAAUUCUUUGGACACCAUCACACUGACACCUUCCGAAUGUUUUACAAUGACCAAGGUGUUCCCAUCAGCACUAUGUUUAUUUCUCCUGGGGUAACUCCAUGGAAGACCACGUUGCCUGGAGUUGAAAAUGGAGCCAAUAAUCCUGGAAUCAGAAUCUUUGAAUAUGACAGAACAAGCCUCCAGGUCUUAGAUAUGGUGACUUAUUAUCUGAAUCUAACUUAUGCCAAUAAAGAUUCCCCAAGAUGGGAGAAGGAAUAUCGUCUAACAGAAGCAUUCCAGGUUCCUGAUGGAUCUGCACUAUCUAUGCACAAUGUCCUUGAAAAAAUAUCAUCUGACCCUUGUUACCUACAAAAGUAUUAUGAAUAUAACUCUGUCAACUAUGAUUUAGUGACCUGUGGGCAUAUCUGUAGAGUUGACCACAUAUGCUCCAUCCGAGAAGUGGACUUUGCCAAGUAUAAUGAGUGUUUAAAGACCGAGAGCUCUUCUCAUAGGCCUACUCUUGAAAUAAGCUUGAUGUGUAUUGUAAUCAGUGUAUAUUUACUCCUGUUCUAA